GGAGGGGGAAGGAGAGAGUGGGAGAGCAGGGAGAAAGCGAGUGAGGAAGAGAGGGGGAGAGCACAGGCCUCACCAAAUAAAGCCAUGAGGGCUUGGUCUGGGAUGGCCCUCUCCACACUAUAAAUACGUUGGGAUUCUGCCGAUUCGGGUUUGGUGGCUGGAGCUGUGUACUAGCAACUGCACCAGCCCAGCUCAGGAGAAUCUCAUCCACACUCAGGCCUACAGCCAUGCCAAGGGUGGAUGCGGACCUCAAACUGGACUUUAAAGAUGUCCUGUUCAGACCGAAGAGGAGCAGCCUAAAGAGUAGGUCUGAGGUGGACCUGCAGAGGACUUUCACAUUCCGCAACUCAAAGCAAACCUACAAUGGAAUCCCUGUCAUUGCAGCUAAUAUGGACACCACGGGUACUUUUGAGAUGGCUCAGGUACUGAGCAAGCACACACUUUUCACCGCCAUCCAUAAGCACUACUCCCUGGAAGAGUGGAAAACAUUUGCAACCAGUCAUCCAGAAUGCUUAGAGAAUGUGGCAGCCAGCUCAGGCAGUGGGAUGGCAGACUUUGAGAAACUGUGCAGCAUUCUAGAAGCUAUUCCACUUCUCAAGUACAUCUGCCUGGACGUAGCCAAUGGAUAUUCAGAGCACUUUGUAGAGUUUGUCAAACAAGUUCGGGAGAAAUUCCCAAACCACACAAUCAUGGCUGGAAACGUGGUGACAGGAGAGAUGGUGGAGGAGCUCAUUCUGACUGGAGCUGACAUUAUUAAAGUUGGCAUUGGACCAGGUUCCGUUUGUACCACUCGCAUCAAGACUGGAGUGGGUUACCCGCAGUUAAGUGCUGUUAUUGAGUGUGCAGACUCUGCUCAUGGACUAAAAGGACAUAUCAUCUCCGAUGGAGGCUGCAGCUGUCCAGGGGAUGUUGCCAAGGCGUUUGGUGCAGGGGCAGAUUUUGUCAUGCUUGGAGGCAUGCUAGCAGGGCAUGACCAGUGCACUGGUGACAUCAUCGAAAAGGAUGGGAAGAAGUUCAAGCUGUUCUAUGGGAUGAGCUCAGAUACAGCCAUGAAGAAAUAUGUAGGUGGUGUGGCAGAGUACAGGGCAUCUGAGGGCAGGACUGUGCAGGUGCCCUAUAAGGGUGAUGUGGAGAACACCAUCAGAGACAUCCUGGGUGGCCUGCGGUCCACCUGCACAUACGUGGGAGCGGCCAAGCUGAAGGAGCUCAGCCGCAGGACCACCUUCAUCAGAGUCACACAGCAAUCCAGCCAAAUGUUCAACUAGACCCAUGCAGACCGUACGAGCUACUCAUACAUCACACAUUACUAUCCAUCAGAGUCACCUGCAGAAAAAGGAAAAUUACCCGCACUCUCAAAAUUCCCCGGUUUCAACCAGCAGGAGUGUCCAUGGAAUAGGGGAACAUGUUGCCUUGACCCUGUAAGGAGAAUAAGCAGGCAGAUCAGACACAUGCAUACAGCCUAUCGUACCUCACUGCAUCAGCCAGGAUUUGUGCAUGUGCCUUGGGUACAGGGCUUUCCCUGUCACUGGGAGAUUUCAGACACACCCUGACACACACACAGACAAAGCCACAGAUUUCUUCUGUCUUGCUCAGGACCCAUAUGCUCUGCUGCUAUACAUUUCCUUGAGAAAGCAGCUGAUUUGAAGCAUGAUUCGCCUGUUGUUAGUAUAAGGCUUUAAACUCUUCAGGAUAGAUUAUGUGAUGUCAGUGAAUGACUAAGUAUGAGCGAAUUGAAUAGGGACUCCUCAAAUAUGUCCUUAUGGGAAAUGCAUUAAUGAUGCUAUGCUGGGGAAUUCAUUCGCUGAAACUAUGCAACAAUGUUACCGUUGGAAAAAUAUGAGCCAGCACAGGGCAUAGAAAGAACAAAGGAAGUUCUCGCUACUUGAAACCUUUUCUUUCAUACACUACAUGUACAAUUGACUUGAUUUUAGUGGAAACUGGUGCACAACAUACUCUACUAUUUCUGUUGGCCUGCUUUCUCCAUGAAUAUACGCUGGGUGUGGCUGGACAGAGCAAAAGAGAAAGAUUGUAGUGCCUGUAUAUGUUCCUUCUUUAGGUCUUUGCAGUUUAAAUCAGGAAAUAUGCCUUUGUAUGUUGGUGAACUGGUGAAUGUGACUGUAAAUGAUGAAAUAAAGAAGGUAUAUUAAUUAACAA